CCGGACCCCACGAUCCAUAGACCCUCUCCCUUUCCCUCCCCCCAUUCCACCCGAGAACCCCCGACACCGCGCCGAGGGGCUUCCGCGGUUCCCUCCCCGGUUCUUCCUUCUCGAAGCUUCCAGAAGCUCCCCGAACAAUGGCGAGGCGCCUCGUGCUCCGCUCGGCGCCGUACAAUCGCUCCAAUCUCUCCGCCGCCGCCACCACCCUCCUCUCCCACUCCAAGCACCGCCACUCCGCGUCCUUCCCCCGCCCCGCUCGCCGCCUGCUCCCGUCGCCUCUCCGCGCCCCGGCCCGCGCCAUCGGGUCGUCAUCCGAGGCCACCAAGCAGGAGACGCCUCCCGUGGCCCAGGAGCCGCCGCUACCCUCGGCGCCGGCGUUCGUCGUGGAGGAGCUCGGGUGGGGGACCCAACUCGCGGUGAAGCUCCGAAUGCUCGUCGCUCCCCCGUGGCAGCGCGUCCGCAAGGGCAGCGUCCUCACCAUGAAGCUUCGGGGCGAGAUAUCUGAUCAGCUGAAGACCCGCUUCUCGUCAGGACUGUCACUGCCACAAAUCUGUGAGAAUUUUGAGAAGGCAGCAUAUGACCCGCGGAUAUCGGGGAUUUAUCUGCACAUAGAGCCGCUGAGCUGUGGAUGGGGUAAGGUGGAUGAAAUCAGAAGGCACAUUGUGGAUUUCAAGAAAUCUGGAAAAUUUGUUGUUGGUUAUAUGCCUGUUGGUGGGGAGAAAGAAUACUACCUUGCUUGUGCAUGUGGUGAGCUGUAUGCACCGCCAAGUGCUUAUGUUGCUUUGUAUGGUCUAACCGUUCAGCAAACAUUUCUCAGAGGUGUGCUUGAGAAAGUUGGAGUAGAGCCAGAAAUUCAACGAAUUGGUCGCUACAAAAGUGCUGGAGACCAACUUGCACGGAAGAGCAUGUCAAAUGAAGUUAGGGAGAUGCUGGCCGCCCUGCUUGAUAAUAUUUAUGGAAAUUGGCUGGAUACAGUAUCUUCCAUACAGGGGAAGAAAAAAGAAGAAAUCGAGGACUUUAUUAAUUCAGGAGUCUAUCAGGUCGAGAGACUUAAGGAAGAGGGUUGGAUAACAGAUCUAUUGUAUGAUGAUGAGGUAAUGACAAUGUUGAAAGAGAGAGUAGGACAGAAUGACAAGAAAAGCCUGCGUAUGGUUGACUACAGUAAAUAUUCACGUGUAAAGAAAUCGACUCUUGGGUUACAAGGAGGAGGAGAACUAAUUGCAGUAAUCAGAGCAUCUGGAAGCAUAACACGUACUCGCAGCCGAUUGAGUGUUUCUAGUUCAGGCAUUAUUGCCGAGCAGCUUAUCGAGAAGAUACGUACUGUUAGAGAGUCAGAGAAGUACAAAGCUGUUAUCCUCCGUAUAGACAGCCCUGGUGGUGAUGCUCUUGCUUCUGAUCUGAUGUGGAGGGAAAUUCGACUUCUAGCUGACUCCAAGCCUGUGAUAGCUUCCAUGUCUGAUGUUGCUGCAAGUGGUGGAUACUACAUGGCAAUGGCGGCACCAGUUAUUGUUGCUGAGAAACUUACUCUAACAGGAUCAAUUGGAGUUGUUACAGGGAAGUUCAUCCUUCAAAAACUGUAUGAGAGGAUUGACUUCAAUAAAGAGAUUCUAUCUAAGGGUAGAUAUGCAGAGCUUAAUGCUGCUGAUCAACGCCCUUUAAGACCGGACGAGGCAGAACUUUUUGAGAAGUCAGCACAAAAUGCUUAUGCAUCGUUUCGUGAUAAAGCAGCCAUGUCACGCUCAAUGAGUAUUGAUCAGAUGGAGACUGUUGCACAAGGUCGAGUGUGGAGCGGCCAAGAUGCGGCUUCAAGAGGGUUGGUUGAUUCGCUAGGUGGAUUCUCACAAGCUCUUGCUAUUGCAAAACAGAGAGCUAAUAUACCACAGGAUAAGAAGGUCCAACUAGUCGAGAUCUCGAAGGCCUCGCCAACGCUACCGGAUAUCUUGUCAGGCAUUGGGGCUUCAUUGCUCGGAGUUGACAGGGUUGUAAAGGGAGUGCUCCAGGACGUCACUUCCUUAAAUGGGGUCCAAGCUAGAAUGGAUGGUAUCUUGUUUGAAAGAUUAGAAAAUAUGUCAGGAGAAAAUCAACUCUUCUUGUUCAUAAAAGAAAUCGUAAAUUAUUUUGAUUGAUUGUACCUUAGGUACCUAUGUCUUACAGAAAGUUAUAGAUAGGAGAAGAAAAGAUAACAUGUCAAUGGGCAUCCGCCUUACCAAGAAUCAGGUAGGCUGGAUUAAUACGGUGCAUUUGGUAUUGAACCAUGCUUCUUUGUUCUUUUGUACCGAUGCCUAUGAAACUGUUGUAACCGCCACACUGAAAAUGCAAGGAAUAGUUUUCUUGUGUGCUUGAUCUUA